CAGUGUGUGUGUCCAGGCUGUGGUCCCUGAGCCUGUGCUUUAUCGCAGUCUGUGCCUGCUGUCUCUCGUCCGGGUUCCAUGCCCGUCUCUGCCUGUGUUCCAGGCCUAUCAGAAGCUCAAGGAGACGGCGAGGGACUGUCAGGCCUCCCAGCUGAAGAAGCUGAAGGACGUCUGUGAGAAGGAGAAGAAGGAGCUGCAGAAGAUCAUGGAUCGCAAGAGGCUGGACAGCAUCACCGAGGCCAAGACCAAGGGCCGCGAGAAGGCCGAAGUGGAGCUGAAUGAGAUCAACCGCAGGCACAUCAUGGAGACGGUGGCACAUAUCCGCAAGCUGGAAGAAGCCCAGAAGAGGAGGCAGGAGGCUCUGCUCCGACAGCACCAGGAGAUCCUGCAGCAGAUCGACGAGGAGCUGCCCCAGAGGCAGUCGGACCUGGAGCAGGAGCUGGCGCUGGAGCUGCAGGGCCUGCCCGAGGAGAUCUGCCGGCACCUGCAGGAGCAGCAGGAGGCCAGGGGCGCCCGCCAGGAGGGCCCCCUCAGCCGGACGUCCAGCGACAGCCCGGGCUCCGGCCCGCCGUCCAAUCACAGCACGCCGCCCGUCACGCCCAACCGGAGCUGGGCCGGGGGGCGGAGCCUGGACAAUAGCACCGCCUCCUUGGCCUCCUCCUCCUCCGGGACCCCCGUGAUGUCGGAGGCGGAGCUGACGGCCUCAUAGCCUCUCCCGAUUCUCCCGCAGCCCCCCACCUUCACAUAGGAAAGGAACGUUUUUAUUCGCCUUCCCCCCCCCGAAUUGGAUCUUUUGGCCUGGAGAGGACUGGCCGGGCAGGUGGAGACGAUCGUCCACCUGCAGGCAGUGUUUUUAAUAGGCAGAGGUAUUUUCCCUUUUUAGUUUUUCGUGCGGUUUAGUGUAUUUGAACUCCCCCCCCCACCCCCAUGCGCAGACGGGCUUUUUAUUUUUAAACCUCUCUCGUCCUUUUUAGUUUUCGUUUUGUCUCUUUGCGUCUCCUCGAUCCGGACAAGCUGCGGCACCUCCUGAAGCUCAACCUGAAACGUCUGCAGGCAGGAUGUCCUCGUAAACCUUCAUGUAGUACAGGCGCUGACUGUCCGGUUCGCCCCCCCCCCCCCGCUGACUGGACACUCAGCCCAGGGGAGCAGCGAUAUCGGGGGUCCCCCCCACACAAACACAGGACCCUGGGCUGGGGGGGGUCUCAUACCACUGGUACCCCAGUCUUGCUGCUCCUCAGGGCCCACGACCCCAGAUGUGAAUCUGUCGCUGGCUGAGCCCUCCAACUCCUGUUCGAUCUUCUGCGUCAGGCCCUGCGGCGAGUUCAUGCGGAGGGCGGGGACAGGGCGGUACGAUUUGUGGUGGGGGGGGGGCGCUGCACUCUCUCGGGGGGCUUUUUUCAGGGUGGGACCAGCUGACCAGAACCAUCCAGCGUCCCGUUUUUUUGGGGGGGGCGCAGGAGAUGCAGACUAAGUCCUGCUGCACAGGCCUCUCCAGGCUAACCUGGGUGCGAACCGCUGUCGAGUCUCGACGAUACUGCGCGCGCGGUGCAGCGGGUUAAGACCCGGAAUGGAUCACACAGCUGUGCAGUGGGAGUCUGAGCGUGCCGUCCCUGCCUGUGCGCCAUCUGGGAAGGUCCCUGCACUGCGGCUGCUAACUGGAGGCAGUAGGAGGGGCUGGGGGGGGGGAAUCUGUUGCUGGGUGUAGUACCUCCGCUUGGCCACCAGAGGUCGCCCACGUAUCUGAAGAAGCACACCUGGCGUGAAAGGAAUAUCUGCCCUCAGUCAGGCUCUCAUCGGGGCUUAAGACAAGCCCCGGAUUCGGAGGGCCCAGGUUUUUCGGCUGCCGGGAGGGACGUGGGACCCGGGGCUGGGGGGGUGUGGGGGCCUGCGAGAGGCGCCUGAGUCGAAGUCCAGCUCGAAUCCGGGCAGGAGGGAUCCAUCCGAGGAGCGGCCCGGCUGGGGCCUCUCAGGUAAGGACGGGCUGUUCUGGGCUGCGCCGGGAGAUUCCCUCUCGCGGGGAGACUCCCGUCUUCCGGUCCGCCGGAGCGACCCCUCCUUUCUCUCCUUCCUUUUCGAAGGCACGAAGAGGAGACGGAGGUGCACGGGCGUGAGCCCCGGUUUCUCUUCUCUUCCGCCCCCGAAGCUGGGCGCGAAGCAGCCGGGGGGAGAGACCCGGAAAUGCAGAGGCGGGAGCAGCGCUGGGGGGACAAAUUCUGGAUCGGUUCCUCGCGAUCCCUGCUCCCGGAAGCCCGGGGUGGAUCAGGCUGCAGUUCGCCGGGAGUCCGGCUGGCGACACUGUAAAACCUGGAGUGGAUCAGACUGCUGCGCGGCGGGGAAUCUAUCCACUUGACCUUGAAUGCUGUAAAGGGGAGGGUAAACCGAGGGCGUCGGACCCGGAUCCCGGAGGGUCCCGGUCUCUCCUGGGUUUUGAUCCAGCCGAGCUCUGGUACGUGGCGGGCCUGGUUAAUGAGCUGCUUGAUUGCGAUGCUUCAGACAAGGCCGGGCUGAUGCCUGAGCAACAGUAGUUAAUGAAGAGGGGGGUGUGCCCAUCAGCUGUAAAAGACCUCGAGGAAGAUGCUAGAAGCGUCCAAUUAGGACAGUAACGAGCUUAAUUGGGUAACCGACGACUCGGCAAAACCCGGAAGGGACCAGGCCGCUGGGGGGGGUGGGGGCGCGGGUCCGAGCGCCCCGCUGUAAACGGUACGGCGCCCCCUGUCUGUGCUCUGCUGUGCGAGCUGGGGUCCCACGGACCGGCCUGAGGGACGCUGGCGGCCCAUGAGAUGGGGAGGCCCGUGGGAUGAGAUUCCGGUCCGGUCCGGUCCGGGGGAGCUCCAGCUUCUGGACUGCGUUGUAAAUGUUGAACACCUGACAUGUUGUAUAUUUUUUUGAUGAUGGGAUGCUUUCCUUGGGUUUAUCGUCCUGAUUUGUGUUUUUAAAAAGAAAUUCUGCUACUGAGUUGGGGGAGGGGAGGGAGGCUUUGCGGUGGUUGGUGUUCGGACCCGGUACGCUCGGGUUUCGUUUUUACUUUAGGGAAAUCGGUGUAAUGGUGAGAAUGUAUUUUAAUUUUUUUUUUUUUAAAGUAGACGUAACUCUUUUUUUUUAAAAGGAAAAAGAAAACGGACUAAAGGGAAGAGUCUCCUGCUGUACGGAAAUAAGUCUCCGUCUGAAUCCGGACCCUUUCCGGCCCGCGUCUCCCAGUAUAUCGGAAGUGGAUCUUGUAACUUAUUGCACUUUUGACUCCUCGCUCGGUCCCUCCGCCUCUCCCCGUGUCCGUGCCGGGGCACGGCUCCUGGCGUUCAGCUCCGGAUUUGCAGUGGGAUGAGUUUCUGGGCAUCUCCUCCUGUAGGGCACUGCUAGGGUGGGUGGGGAGGGUGGGAGGGGAUUCCCAGAAUCCCAGAAUCCUGUCUCUGUGGGCUUCCCACAGUGCGC